AUGGGUCCCGGAAUGGAAGCGGCCGACAUCGCGGUGGUGGCGCUGUACUUUGUUCUGGUGCUGGCCAUCGGCUUUUUGGCCAUGUGGAAAGCCAACCGCGGCACGGUGAGCGGCUACUUCCUGGCCGGCCGCUCCAUGACCUGGGCGGUGGUCGGCGCCUCGCUCUUCGUCAGCAACAUCGGCAGCGAGCACUUCAUCGGGCUGGCCGGCUCGGGCGCGGCCAGCGGUUUCGCCGUGGGCGCCUGGGAGUUCAACGCCCUGCUGCUGCUGCAGCUCCUGGGCUGGGUCUUCAUCCCCGUCUACAUCCACUCGGGCGUCUUCACCAUGCCCGAGUACCUGGCCAAGCGCUUCGGCGGCGAGCGCCUGAAGGUCUACUUCGCCUUCCUGUCGGUGCUGCUCUACGUCUUCACCAAGCUGUCGGUGGACCUCUACGCCGGCGCGCUCUUCAUCCAGGAGUCGCUGGGCUGGAACCUCUACCUGUCCAUCGUCCUGCUCAUCGCCAUGACCGCCUUGCUCACCAUCACCGGCGGCCUGGUGGCCGUCCUCUACACGGACGCGCUUCAGGCCGUGCUGAUGAUCGGCGGGGCCUUGACGCUGACCGUCAUCAGCCUGCUCAAAGUGGGCGGCCUGGAAGGCGUCAAGACCAAGUACAUGCAGGCCGUCCCCAACGUGACCGCCAUCCUGGCCGCCGGCAACUACACUUACUCGCCCUCGUGCCGCAUCCACCCCAAAGCCGACUCGCUGCGCAUCCUCCGCGGCCCCCUGGACGAGGACAUCCCCUGGCCGGGCUUCGUCCUGGGCCAGACCACCGCCUCCAUCUGGUACUGGUGCGCCGACCAGGUGAUCGUGCAGCGGGUUCUGGCCGCCAAGAACAUCGCUCACGCCAAGGGCUCCACGCUGAUGGCGGGGAUCCUGAAGAUCUUACCAAUGUUCGUCAUCGUCAUCCCGGGCAUGAUCUCCCGCAUCCUCUUCGCCGACGAAAUCGCCUGCAUCGGGCCCGAGCACUGCCUGGACGUGUGCGGCUCGCGGGCCGGCUGCUCCAACAUCGCCUACCCGCGCCUGGUCAUGGCCGUCAUGCCGGUGGGACUGCGCGGCCUGAUGAUGGCGGUGAUGAUCGCCGCCCUGAUGAGCGACCUGGACUCCAUCUUCAACAGCGCCAGCACCAUCUUCACGCUGGACAUCUACCGCACCUUCCGCAAGAAGGCGUCCCAGCGCGAGCUACUGGUGGUGGGCCGCCUCUUCGUGGUAGUCAUGGUGGCCGUCAGCAUCGCCUGGGUUCCCGUCAUCAUCGAGAUGCAGGGGGGACAGACCUACCUGUACAUCCAGGAGGUGGCCGGCUACCUGACGCCGCCCGUGGCCGCCCUCUUCCUAUUGGGGGUCUUCUGGAAGCGCUGCAACGAGACGGGGGCCUUUUGGGGAGGCGUGACCGGUUUCGUCCUGGGUUCGGCGCGGCUGGUCCUGGCUUUCGCCUACCGCCGACCCCGCUGCGACCAGCCCGACGACCGGCCCGCUUUCCUGGUAAACAUCCACUACAUGUACGUGGCGGCCGCCCUCUUCUGGAUCUCCGGGGGCGUGGCGGUGGCGGUCAGCCUGCUGACGCCCCCGCCCGACGAGGAGCAGAUCCGCACCACCACCGUGUGGGGCCUACGCUUUGUGGAGAAGCUGCCCGAGAAGCAAAAAGAGCGCGAGCAGACGUACGGGCUGACCGAGAAGGGCCGCGCCGAGCCCGGGAAGGAGCGCUGCCCGGACGGCGCCGACCUCAAGCUGCUGGUCCCGCCCGGCGAGCCGGGGAGCCCCGGCAGUGAGCCGUCCGACCCCGCCGAGCGCUACGGGCGGGCGGACGACGAGCGGCACCAGGCGGGCCGCUGCGUGCGCGCGCUGGACUGGUUCUGCGGCUUCAAGGAGCCCUCGCAAGACGCGCGGCCGCCCAGGGCGCCGCGGGACGAGGCGCGGGCGGUGGCCGAGAUGCUGCACGAGCCCCCGCGGGUCAAACUCCUGCUCAAUCUGGGAUUGCUCGCCGUCUGCUCGGUGGGCGUUUUCAUGUUCGUCCUUUUCUCGCUGUAG